AUGGGCAACGAACCGAAAGUAAACGCACGAACAGUAUUAUGGUACUUAGUGUUUGUAGGAUUCGCAGUAAACUACAUGAUUAGGAUUAAUAUGAACAUUACGAUCGUCUCGAUGGUCAAACCGAGCGGAAGCAAAUCCAGCCGCAAUUGGAACGUGACAUCGGAUAAUGUUAAUUUCACGGUGACACCGCAGCUGGAGAAAAAGCUGUACGCUUGUUUCGUUGAACGGAAUGACUCCAACGCGGCAGAUCAGCAGAACAGUGGCAAAGUAACUGCUCUAUCCGCACUAAGAAGCUCGCCAAAGAUCAAAUCCCCGGAGAAAAUAUUGCUUGACGCCUUCGAGCUCGACUCCAAAGAGGACGGCUUCGAAUGGGACGAGUAUGACCAGGGCCUGAUUUUGGGAGCUUUCUUUUGGCUGCACUGGGUUACCCAGGUUCCGGGAGGUGUGCUAGCCCGAAAGUAUGGCACCAAACUGGUGUUUGGUCUAUCGAACGCCAUUGGUUGCUGGCUGUGCUUCCUAAUGCCGCUGGCGUCGUAUUGGGAUUACAGAAUACUGAUCUUUUUACGCACGUUCCAGGGUUUGAUAUCCGGUGUGGCGUGGCCUGCGAUGCAUCACAUGGCUGGUCAAUGGAUACCGCCCAACGAGCGCAGUAAAUUUGUUACAGCUUAUCUAGGCAGCUCUGUUGGUGUAGCACUGAAUUUUCCGCUGUUCGGUUACAUCAUCUCUUGGACAUCCUGGGAGUAUGUAUUUCAUUUCUCUGGAGUAUUGGGAACAAUUUGGUACAUCGCCUGGGUGUACUUGGUGUACGAUUCGCCAGCAGAGCAUCCAUGGAUUCACCCAAAGGAACGCGAAUAUAUCGAGAGUUCACUGGGAAUAACGGAAAAGUCCAAAAGUAAGGAGCAUCAGCAGCCAACGCCGUGGCGAAAGAUGAUUUUCUCCAAACCAAUGUGGAUAACGGUGAUCGCACAGUGGGCAGGAAUUUGGGGACUGUUCACCUUGAUGACACAAGCACCCAGCUACUUCAACUACAUUCAUGGAUGGGACAUAAAAAUGACCGGAAUUCUGUCGGGAAUCCCUCACCUGUGCCGGAUGAUGUUUGCCUACUGUGUGUCCGUAGUGGGAGAUUAUCUACUGAAGCACAAUCUAAUGUCUCGGACAAAUGUUCGCAAAAUGGGAGGAGCUUUUUGCUGUUUGGUGAAUGGAAUUUUCAUUCUGGCGUUGGCUUAUAGUGGAUGUAACGCCACGAUGGCUAUAUUGUUCCUAACUCUGGCUACAAUGAUGCACGGGGCUGUGUCUACGGGCCCGCUGGCUAACAUCAUCGAUAUUAGUCCGAAAUUUGCUGGAAUCCUACUCGGCAUCAGUGGAAUGAUCACCGUCGUUCCGGGAUUUGUAUCGCCGAUUAUCGUGGGAAUUCUAACACUGGGAAAUCAAACAGUUCAGCAGUGGCAAUACGUGUUCUUAAUAAGCGCUGGAAUGCUGAUAGUUGGUGGCAUUCUGUACAUACUACUCGCUGACUCAACUCUCCAGGCGUGGAACUCUGUAGAAACAGCUGAUGCACAGGAUGCACGAGAGCUGGUUAGCCUGAAACUCAGCCCCGACGAGGCAGUGAAGGAUGGGCAAAAUGCAUCCGUUAAAGAGCAAAACAACGAAGCACCGCAUUCAGUAUUAGUUCCAUCAGAAGAUUCUUCCAAACGGGCCAAUUAA